UCUAUGGCUAAAGUUGUGACAAUUGUUGGCAUUGGGGAUGUAAAUGGAAAGAUGCUUUCCGCCACGCUGAUUGUGCUUUUAGUUUUAUUCAGUCUGGCAGAAAGCAAACAGAAAGACUUUUAUACUUUCAAAGUUGUGAACAGUAGAGGGAAGUUAGUGUCUCUUGAAAAAUACAGGGGUUCGGUGUCCCUGGUUGUGAAUGUGGCCAGUGAAUGUGGCUUCACUGAGGAACACUACAUAGGUCUUCAGAAACUGCAACGCGACUUUGGGCCAUUUCACUUCAAUGUCCUGGCGUUCCCCUGCAACCAGUUCGGGCAGCAGGAACCCGGCAGUGACAAAGAGAUAGAUAGCUUUGUUCGCAGAGUCUAUGGAGUCUCAUUUCCCUUGUUUAGUAAAAUCGCUGUUGUAGGAUUGGGAGCCAACAAUGUGUAUAAAUACCUUAUCGAGGCCUCUGGCAAAGAGCCAGACUGGAAUUUCUGGAAAUACCUUAUUGAUGUCGAUGGCAAAGUGGUGGAUGCGUGGGGACCCAAGGUUUCUGUCGAAGAUAUACGACCAAAAGUAGCUGAAAUGGUGCGGCAGAUCAUUCUAAAGAAGAAAGAGGAGUUGUAAUAUCCUACUUCACCAUCUUACUGUGCACUCCACUAAUUCUCAUAAGUGAAUUCAAACGAAUUUCUGCAAAAAACAAAUAUUAGAGCAUCAAAUUAAUUCUGCAAAAAAAUGAUUUUACAGGCACUGAUGAACUGAUGAAACACCCUCGUUUUUUCCCCUCGAUGAGUGUAUGCAAUUUUUUUUUUUAUUGCAGUAUCUGAACAGUGGUAUUUGGCAAAAGUUAUUCUAUAGCAGUGUUUUUCAACCAGUGUGCCACGGCACACUACUGAGUACCGAGAGAUCGUCAGGUGUGCCAUGAGAAAUUAUUCAAUAUCGCAUUUUUAAAAAAAAUUUACGUCGUCGGGUGGAGUUGCCGAAGGAAGGAAGGAGUAGGUACAAGGUCGUGUGCAGAUGAGCGAGGUAUUGCUCGUGUCGCGUUCAAGAACUGGUCGGAUUUCUAGCCAUCAGCCACCUCAUCCACAUGUGAUGACUGUCAUUCCUCCCCUCUGUGUUUUAUUCCAAUGUAUUUUAUUCCAAAAGAUUGUCAAGGACAGCAAGGUGGCUAAUGGCUAGAAAUCCGAGCAGUUCUUGAAUGCGACAUGAGCAGCUAUCCAACAGUGUCAUGGUGCCAAGCAAGUUUAAACGUCAUCUCUAAACGAAACACCCGUCGCUUCAAAACAAGCCAAUGGACUAUUUUAUUCGCCAUCUUUUUGAGAAAAACUACAAAGGUAAAUGAGAACGCCCUCAAAUUUACCUUGUUGCUGAACUUGUUGCUUAAUCAAAAAACUCCCACACUGUCGCAGGGAUAUUAAUACUACCUGCUUGCAAAGCCAUUUUCAGCGAGAUGCUUGGCCCUGAUGCCUUUAAAGACAUUGCUAAAGUCCCCCUGUCUGAUAAUUCUGAGCUUUACAAGCCUAAUUGCUAUAAAAAAUAAAAAGACAGACUUGAGAGCUGUUGAAGAAGAUUCCUGCCAGCAUAUCAGCUUUGUGUUCAUCUAAACAGGCUCAAGUUUCAUACUGGGUAAGUAUAAAUAUUAAGAAAUUAUUUCAUAAUUAAAAAUACUGUACAGAAAGUAAUUUUGGAACAUUUUUGGUUUGUGGUGUGCAGCGGGAUUUUUUGCAAUGUAAAAACGUGCCGUGACUCAGAAAAGUUUGAAAAACACUGUUCUAUAGUUACUAUUGUAGUAAAUGGUCUUCACAGAGAUCUGCUGGUUAUAAACAAGUGAUUUUACAGGGCGCAUCCAGCCUACGAUGCCUUUGGCUGCACAGCAGGGCUGCCCCCACCUCUUGAGCUGUGGGGUCCACCCUCCUUUCUAUUCGCCAGGUAGCAGAAACAAAGGUGUCGGGGGUCUAUAAACAAUGUUUGGGUGGUGCGGGGCUCUUCUUUUCACCUCAUGUAACGAAAAUUGCAGCUGUUUCAUUAGGGUUUAUUAGGAGACACGAGAUGUUUGUGCGAAUAAAUCCUCCACUUGUUCAGCUAGAACGAUUGUGUACUCCUUUCAUUUCUAAAUCACCCCCCAUGUUGACGGGCCCUACAGUCUCCAUGAAACCCCAACAGGGUCCAGAAACACACAACAGUAUCAAAUUGGGUGCGGUUUUGAUGAAGCCAAUCCCCAAUUUGGCAGAAGUGUUUUGUUUUUUUAAAAAAGUUAUUUAUUUUUAAAUUUUAUUUUUCCCGUCACCAUCAGUUCUAUGCACACACACACAUACCUGUCAAGUUGUACGGUUUCUGCGUAAGUUGUAGAAGUGAGCACAGAUUUUUAAAUGUGUACGCUGUACCUUCAAAAUCUGUACGUUUUUCGUGCAUUAAAUAUUUUUUCUCCA